AUGCCUCCGUUUUCCGACGGCCUCCACACGGCAGGAUCGGAUGUGAGAUUGGUCAAUUCAGACGAUCGUUGCUCUGGAAGAGUGGAAAUCUUUCACGAUGGAAGCUGGGGCACGGUUUGUGAUGAUGGCUGGGAUUUGACGGAUGGCACUGUUCUUUGCAAGGAGCUGCAAUGUGGACCCGUCCUGUCGGUGCACGGUAGUGCUCGGUUUGGAGAAGGUACUGGAAAUAUUUGGAUGGAUGAUGUUUCCUGCGAGGGGACGGAGUCCCAUCUCCAGUCUUGCUCCUUCCCUGGUUGGGGAACCCACAACUGUGGUCAUGGUGAGGAUGCAGGUGUAAUCUGUUACCCAGGUAAGACCCAGCUGUAUAACUGAAUGGACAUCUUCUGAUCGGAUGUGAGAUUGGUCAAUUCAGACGAUCGUUGCUCUGGAAGAGUGGAAAUCUUUCACGUUGGAAGCUGGGGCACGGUUUGUGAUGAUGGCUGGGAUUUGACAGAUGGCACUGUUCUUUGCAAGGAGCUGCAAUGUGGACCCGCCCUGUCGGUGCAUGGCAGUGCUCGGUUUGGAGAAGGUACUGGAAAUAUUUCGAUGGAUGAUGUUUCCUGCGAGGGGACGGAGUCCCAUCUCCGGUCUUGCUCCUUCCCUGGUUGGGGAACCCACAACUGUGGUCAUGGUGAGGAUGCAGGUGUAAUCUGUCAUCCAGGAUCGGAUGUGAGAUUGGUCAAUUCAGACGAUCGUUGCUCUGGAAGAGUGGAAAUCUUUCACGAUGGAAGUUGGGGCACGGUUUGUGAUGAUGGCUGGGAUUUGACAGAUGGCACUGUUCUUUGCAAGGAGCUGCAAUGUGGAGCCGUCCUGUCGGUGCACGGUAGUGCUCGGUUUGGAGAAGGUACUGGAAAUAUUUGGAUGGAUGAUGUUUCCUGCGAGGGGACGGAGUCCCAUCUCCAGUCUUGCUCCUUCCCUGGUUGGGGAACCCACAACUGUGGUCAUGGUGAGGAUGCAGGUGUAAUCUGCCACCCAGGAUCGGAUGUGAGGUUGGUCAAUUCAGACGAUCGUUGCUCUGGAAGAGUGGAAAUCUUUCACGAUGGAAGCUGGGGCACGGUUUGUGAUGAUGGCUGGGAUUUGACGGAUGGCACUGUUCUUUGCAAGGAGCUGCAAUGUGGAGCCGUCCUGUCGGUGCAUGGUAGUGCUCGGUUUGGAGGAGGUACUGGAAAUAUUUGGAUGGAUGAUGUUUCCUGCGAGGGGACGGAGUCCCAUCUCCAGUCUUGCUCCUUCCCUGGUUGGGGAAUCCACAACUGUGGUCAUGGUGAGGAUGCAGGUGUAAUCUGUCAUCCAGGAUCGGAUGUGAGAUUGGUCAAUUCAGACGAUCGUUGCUCUGGAAGAGUGGAAAUCUUUCACGAUGGAAGUUGGGGCACGGUUUGUGAUGAUGGCUGGGAUUUGACAGAUGGCACUGUUCUUUGCAAGGAGCUGCAAUGUGGAGCCGUCCUGUCGGUGCACGGUAGUGCUCGGUUUGGAGAAGGUACUGGAAAUAUUUGGAUGGAUGAUGUUUCCUGCGAGGGGACGGAGUCCCAUCUCCAGUCUUGCUCCUUCCCUGGUUGGGGAACCCACAACUGUGGUCAUGGUGAGGAUGCAGGUGUAAUCUGCCACCCAGGAUCGGAUGUGAGGUUGGUCAAUUCAGACGAUCGUUGCUCUGGAAGAGUGGAAAUCUUUCACGAUGGAAGCUGGGGCACGGUUUGUGAUGAUGGCUGGGAUUUGACGGAUGGCACUGUUCUUUGCAAGGAGCUGCAAUGUGGAGCCGUCCUGUCGGUGCAUGGUAGUGCUCGGUUUGGAGGAGGUACUGGAAAUAUUUGGAUGGAUGAUGUUUCCUGCGAGGGGACGGAGUCCCAUCUCCAGUCUUGCUCCUUCCCUGGUUGGGGAAUCCACAACUGUGGUCAUGGUGAGGAUGCAGGUGUAAUCUGUCAUCCAGGAUCGGAUGUGAGAUUGGUCAAUUCAGACGAUCGUUGCUCUGGAAGAGUGGAAAUCUUUCACGAUGGAAGUUGGGGCACGGUUUGUGAUGAUGGCUGGGAUUUGACAGAUGGCACUGUUCUUUGCAAGGAGCUGCAAUGUGGAGCCGUCCUGUCGGUGCAUGGUAGUGCUCGGUUUGGAGGAGGUACUGGAAAUAUUUGGAUGGAUGAUGUUUCCUGCGAGGGGACGGAGUCCCAUCUCCAGUCUUGCUCCUUCCCUGGUUGGGGAACCCACAACUGUGGUCAUGGUGAGGAUACAGGUGUAAUCUGUCAUCCAGGAUCGGAUGUGAGAUUGGUCAAUUCAGACGAUCGUUGCUCUGGAAGAGUGGAAAUCUUUCACGAUGGAAGUUGGGGCACGGUUUGUGAUGAUGGCUGGGAUUUGACAGAUGGCACUGUUCUUUGCAAGGAGCUGCAAUGUGGAGCCGUCCUGUCGGUGCACGGUAGUGCUCGGUUUGGAGAAGGUACUGGAAAUAUUUGGAUGGAUGAUGUUUCCUGCGAGGGGACGGAGUCCCAUCUCCAGUCUUGCUCCUUCCCUGGUUGGGGAACCCACAACUGUGGUCAUGGUGAGGAUGCAGGUGUAAUCUGCCACCCAGGAUCGGAUGUGAGGUUGGUCAAUUCAGACGAUCGUUGCUCUGGAAGAGUGGAAAUCUUUCACGAUGGAAGCUGGGGCACGGUUUGUGAUGAUGGCUGGGAUUUGACGGAUGGCACUGUUCUUUGCAAGGAGCUGCAAUGUGGAGCCGUCCUGUCGGUGCAUGGUAGUGCUCGGUUUGGAGGAGGAUCGGAUGUGAGAUUGGUCAAUUCAGACGAUCGUUGCUCUGGAAGAGUGGAAAUCUUUCACGAUGGAAGUUGGGGCACGGUUUGUGAUGAUGGCUGGGAUUUGACAGAUGGCACUGUUCUUUGCAAGGAGCUGCAAUGUGGAGCCGUCCUGUCGGUGCAUGGUAGUGCUCGGUUUGGAGGAGGUACUGGAAAUAUUUGGAUGGAUGAUGUUUCCUGCGAGGGGACGGAGUCCCAUCUCCAGUCUUGCUCCUUCCCUGGUUGGGGAACCCACAACUGUGGUCAUGGUGAGGAUGCAGGUGUAAUCUGUCAUCCAGAUGUGAGAUUGGUCAAUGCAGACGAUCGUUGCUCUGGAAGAGUGGAAAUCUUUCACGAUGAAAGUUGGGGCACGGUUUGUGAUGAUGGCUGGGAUUUGACAGAUGGCACUGUUCUUUGCAAGGAGCUGCAAUGUGGAGCCGUCCUGUCGGUGCACGGUAGUGCUCGGUUUGGAGGAGGUACUGGGAAUAUUUGGAUGGAUGACGUUUCCUGCGAGGGGACGGAGUCCCAUCUCCGGUCUUGCUCCUUCCCCGGUUGGGGAACCCACAACUGUGGUCAUGGUGAGGAUGCAGGUGUAACCUGUUACCCAGGUAAGAGACCAGUGGAUAUCUUCUGUGAAACUGAGGCUCUCACAUACGAUUAA